AUGGUUGCAGCGUUCAAAGCUAAUGAACCGGAUGAUCCUACUAGCUCCGAGGAUGAAUCCAUUGAGACAAGUGACACCGAAGAAUCUGAGGUGGUUAGAGAAGACAAAAGGUUUGAAGCCAUAGAUAGGACCCCCUGUGUGGUACACACACUGCAACUUGUGGUGAACAUAAUCCAGAAAGAUGCAAGUGUCAACCGACUGCUGAGCAAAGUUAGAGUGCUUGUCAACCUCUUCCGCAAGUCAUCGGGUCACCUGUCUGAGUUCCCCCAUGCCCAGGGUUCUAGCUUCAAGGACCUAGCUUCCCUGGCAAAGAAGAUGAAGGACAGUGAGAGAGUAAGGGGGGAGGACCUUCCGCAAACUCACAACCGCUGCGUCAGGGAAUCACAGCCCCUGUUCAUGGGUCGCCCGCUCAACCAGAUGCCUCGUGGCAAGUCCUAUCGCCGUUCGCAGGCUGUCAAGAGGAGGCUGGAGACGCAACGUACUCUGAACGUUGAACCCCAGCAGCUUGCCAUUGCAGAGUUGGUUCUUCUAGUUGGUGCAUCCCAUCUGCGAAGCAUUGCUGAUGGGAUUGUGGCGAUGCCAGAGGGAGAGCUGUCCUUUGGUGUCAUGUCCACGCCGGGGGCCGCUGCUGCUGACCUGCGGGCAGAGUUCCUGAGUGCCGUGCUACCAAGGAAGCCAGACGCUGUCCUUCUGCAGGCCCCCAGCAACAACCUGACUUCCAGCAGCACCAUCCAGGAGGCGGGCGCAGAUUUCAGCAAGCUUCUUGCUAGUGUCUGCAGUCAGCAUACCAAUGUGGUUGUGACAGACUUUACUCCGCGUCUGAACAUUGACCUGAACUACCAACAACACCUUCGUCAGGAGUACCAUCGUGUUGCUGCAAGCAUGGGUGUGAAGUACUUCUCUGUUGUGGAGUAUUUUCCAUUGAACAACUUGGAGCUGUGGUGCAGGGAUGGUGUCCACCUGUCGGACACUGUGGGGAUGCCUAUCCUGGCACAGUUGCUGUGGAUGGCUUCUUGCAUGUUUCUCUGGAGCCACCAGCGAGCCCCCUGCUCAACCUGUCACAGACCAACCUCCUCAGGACACACUGUGUCGUGGUAG